GAAUGUCAUCGUUCCGGAACUUCCUGCGCCCUGUUGUGGAUUUCUUCGACCUUCACAUCUCCCCGCAGUGUCAGAAUACGAUGCGAUGACGACAUCACCUUAGGCUCUCGCCUAGCGGUGUGAUCUGGAAUCACUCAGUCACCAAACCAAAAGUGCUCCAAAGAAAAAUGCGAGCCGCCAGCCAACUUCUGUAACAAGAGACGAAAGAUUCGAAAAUUCAGAUCCUAUAUCCGAGUGUUCUCCAAUCAAGCAUUUUCAGGAUAUAGGUAAUAGCUGUACUGCUCGUGGAUCGAGUGGACAAGAAUGUCUAAUGGCUCCCAUUCCAGUGUGCAGUUGAAAAGCUCCACUUAUCUAUCCAAGCCAACCUUUCAUUUUGCGGCUGGCCUCCUCUCCGGCCUCACCUCCUCCAUCCUCCUUCAACCUGCCGACCUUCUCAAAACCCGAGUCCAGCAGUCUCGAGAAACAGCUGCUCUCCUGCCGACAAUCCGCUCUAUCUUGGCUUCUCCGCAUCCCAUUCAGGGAUUAUGGCGUGGCACCCUUCCUUCCGCCCUUCGAACAGGGUUCGGUUCUGCGCUGUAUUUCACCAGUUUAAACACUUUAAGAACAGCAGUUGCAGCCGAUGAUCCCGGGUAUUUGUUCCGGGGCGGCCAUGGGAGCAAGCCACAGAAUGGAAACUCCCCGUCGGGGGUGUCUGCGUCGUCUGCUCUACCCAAGCUUUCACACACAGCAAACCUGAUAACCGGCGCCGUCGCACGGGUAGCCGCUGGAUUCGUUAUGAUGCCCGUAACAGUCCUCAAAGUCCGCUAUGAAUCCGACUACUAUGCUUAUCGCAGCUUAUGGGGAGCAGCGAAAGAUAUCGUCCGGCACGAAGGCGUGAGAGGCCUAUUUGCUGGCUUUGGAGCAACCGCUAUCCGCGAUGCUCCCUAUGCAGGACUUUAUGUGGUCUUCUACGAACAAUCGAAGCGCAGCCUUGCCUCCCUUCUCGGGGUUUCCUCCCCUUCUGCUCGGAGCACUCCUACAGAGCAGCAGAAAUCACCCCCCUCAACAGCAUCCAUAAAUUUCAUCUCCGGCGCCCUCGCUGCAGGUCUGGCUACCACCAUAACGAACCCCUUCGAUGUCGUGAAAACCCGAGUCCAACUUAUGCCCUCCAAAUAUAAAAACAUGAUGCGUGCGACUGCAUUGAUGCUCCGAGAAGACGGAAUGAGGAGUUUAUUUGGCGGAUUAGGAUUACGAAUGGGAAGGAAGGCGCUGAGUUCGGCACUGGCAUGGACGGUUUACGAGGAGUUGAUUAUGUGGGCGGAGAAGAGAUGGGCAGAGGAGCAGAGAGAUGUUAAGGGAGUGUUGUAAGCUGAGGUCUAUGCAUCUAUCAUGGCCAUUUCUCCUGUCAUUGCAUUUGAGCAUGGUUUUGGUGAAUUGGGAACAAGGCCGGAUUUGUAAAAUUAUCUAUAUCAUGGGAUCUUUCUGUAUAGACGGGAUGCGUAUGGGUUAAUGGAGUUAUAUGUACGGAGUAUGUUUAUGUCGAUGGCAGCUACGC